UUCCAGCUCAUUUCAUUUUGAGUUGCUCCCUAAGCUGUUCAGUUUAUUAAUUUGUUUACGUUUUUAAUACCAGAACUUCGGAGUAUAAGUAAUUUCGCUUUUAGUUAGUAAGCGGAUUGAAAAUAAAAGGUUGUUACAAGUGCCACACCUAGGUUGAUACAGCAAUUGUCUAAUGCUUUUAAAUUAGUUGUUUAAAAUUUAAAUAGGGAAAAUGGUUGUUUUGGAGUCGUGCUGGUCGCCAAUCAUUUGGUCCAACUCUGUAAAGACUGGAAGUUAUGCUGUUGCAGUAUACACCGCGGCUUUAUCGGUGGUACUAAUCACAUUGAUUUCUUACAUGCUGACCGGAGGAGAAUCAGCUCAACUUUAUUCUCCACUUUUUGAAAGCGAUAUAAGAUAUUCAAUGCCUGUUUAUGGCAGUAUAUUUAUAUUCUACUUUCUACUAUUAAUUGCCGCAUCGUACAUGGUGUAUUAUGGUAUAAGGAUAAGCACCAGAGGUUGGCUCUUACCUUGGCUCAUUUUAGCAGGUAUUGGAAUUUUAUUUCAAUUUGUAUGGGGGCUGUGGCUCAUUGGUGGCUACUAUAUUUACCUCGAACAAACGUUCUCCGCUCUAUUGAACUUCUGUUGGACGGCAUACAAUAACGCUGUAUUCCUGUCUCAGAAAUGUUAUGUUCUAAAAAAUCAAUAUUCGUAACACCGAAAAUACAUUUGUUUGGUUUGAUAUUAAGACCGUACUCAGCUAAACGUUGAAAAAGCACAUGAAGAUCCUUAACAUGCUGUUCUUCAUUUUCAAUUGCAAUAAGAAGAUCGUCAAUAUACGCAAAGACAAAUUCGAAAUUGUUAACUACUUCAUUGAUGAACCUUUCAAACGUUUGUGCCGAAUUUCUAAGCCCGAAAGGCAUUCGGGUGAACUCAAACAUGCCAAAAGGAAUAUGAGGCAAGGGGUAACGAUCCGGUACAGUCACAAUAUUAAGUCUUCUAAAAUCACCGCAAGGACGCCAAUCAUUAACUUCUUCCUUUGGUACUAAAUGAAGUGGGGAAGCUACCAAGGAGUUUGAAGGUCUACAAAUUCCUGAUUUAAUUAAAAAAUCAAACUCACGUUUAGCAACUUGAUACUUUAUGGGAUCUAAGCGCCUUGGCUUAGAAAAUGGAAGGUUUCCUACUGUAUCAAGUCGAUGUGCCGUUGAAUGCCUAACAGGUUUGGAGUAAUCUGGUUCUACAAAAAGUGAUGGAAAUUCUUAUAACAAUUUUGUAUAUUUAUUAUCAACAGCAAAAAUGUUUGGAAGGGGAACCGAACAAAAGAAGGAAAUCGCAUUAACCGAAAGAUUAGUAAGCGGAUCUACUAAUCGUUUGUGUCUAAUAUCAAUUAAAAGACCGAAUUUGCAAAAAAAUCUGCACCUAUAAUAUGUUUCACAAUAUCAACUAUUAAAAAUGUGAAUGAGAAUUCCCGUCUUAAUACUAAAUUAACAUUUAAAAGCUUUUUUCCGAAGGUUGAAAUUACUGAACCGUUAGCUGCCGUUAAAACAAUAUCCGCAGAUUUUUUUGUACAUCGAAAUCUAGAAACCGGAAGUACUGAAAUCUCAGCACCACUAUCAACUAAAAAAUUUAAAUUGUUCUGUUUAUCAAAAAUAAAGAGGCGACGUGUAGAAAACUCUAUAUUUUCGUUGUUUGU